UAUUAAUCACAGCUAUUUUAAAACUGGAUCAAAAAGAUCCCAUAAAAACACAAAUUGGAUCAAAAAGGUAGAACAAACAUUAAUCCUUCGUCUACCGCUUGUGGAAAAUCAAAAAUUUAGGGCGAGUAUUCUGGCAAUUUGGGUUUAGGGAAACAACAUCUUUGGGAUCCACUGGUAGAAAGCUCAACCAUCAUUUUCAUCCACAAACGAGGACCUGGUGGAAUCCAUUGAUGACGGUUGCUAAUUCCCUGGAGUACCUUACUAGUACUACUACUAGGAGUUUUGAAGUCCUGUUGUAAUUUCCAAAUGGUAGCUGGGUUGUCAUUGUCUAUGCAAAGGAUAUCACUUUCUUGUUGGUGCACAAAAAGUACAUUAGGACAGCUAACAUGGAGCAGAUCUAGAAACAAAAUAGAGAAGAUUGAUACAAAAUGUUCUAAGAUAUUUGCUUCAUUACAUAGUAAAACCGAAAGUGUUCGGGUUUUUGUGCUCUCAGACUUGCAUACUGAUUAUGUUGAGAACAUGACAUGGGUGAAGCGUAUGUCUUCUUCUAGCUACCAGGAUGAUAUCCUCCUUGUUGCUGGAGAUGUGGCUGAGACAUAUGAUAAGUUCUUCUUGACUAUGUCUCUUUUGAAGAAUAAAUUCAAACAUGUUUUCUUUGUGCCCGGAAAUCAUGAUCUUUGGUGCCGCAGGGAGGGCGAAGAAUUUCUUGAUUCACUUGAUAAACUCAACGCAUUGCUUCAUGCAUGUGAUGAACUUGGAGUGGAGUCAAAUCCUUUAAUCAUAGAUGACCUGGGGAUCAUACCCCUCUUCUCAUGGUAUCAUGAGAGCUUUGAUAAGGAGCAAGACAUAACAGGAGUAAGAAUACCUUCUUUGGAGAUGGCUUGCAAAGAUUUUCAUGUGUGCAGAUGGUCUGCUGAGCUUUGUAAUCGGGAUGAUUCUCUUGCUCGGUAUUUUGAUGUUAUGAAUGAGAAAAAUGCCCUUGUAAUUGAUAAGAUCCAGAGAAAAUGUGAAAAAGUAAUUACAUUUUCCCAUUUUGUUCCUAGGCAAGAACUAUGUCCGGAGAAAAGAAUGCUUUUCUAUCCAAAGCUCCCUAAAAUGAUCGGUUCUGACUUUCUCGAGGCUCGCCUAAGAUCUAUACAUGGUGCCGAAGGGAACGAAGCUGCAUGCCAUGUUUUUGGCCACACCCAUUUCGGCUGGGAUGCCAUUGUUGAUGGUAUCAGGUAUGUGCAGGCACCGUUGGCUUAUCCUAGAGAGCGGAAAAGAAGAAUGAAUGGAAGUGAAGAUUGGUUACCAUUUUGCUUAUAUUCUGAUGGAAGAUUCACUGAUCGACAUCAGUUUUACUGGUCGGAGUAUUAUUCAAUUAAUUCAAGGAACCCGGAUGACUUGCAACUUGCACCUUGGGUUGCCAAGUUUUACAAAAGACGAGUGUCUUAACCUACAAUCCCAUGCUUAUCUGCAGCCGACCUUGAAAAUCUUAAGAGGUUUGGAGCGUGCGAAAGUAUGAUGCUGUGUUUAGUGCAUCAUGUCAUGUUUCAACCAACAAAUAUGUGUAAAACCAACACAUAAUUCAUGAUUGAUGUUUAAAAUCUUGAUUAUGUAGCUAGAGUCUAAAAACUAGUGUUCAUCAUUCUCUCUUUGACAGCCGAUAUUGCAUGCAUUGCACGUGAAUCGAUACUAGAAACUUCUGUGGUGGAAUGUUUACACUUACACAGGAUGGGUAGUGGAUAUUACAAUUGAGUUUAAACUUAAGGGAGUAGUAAUCUAUGAAGGGCAAGCUUUGUUUACCAAGGAACUAAGGUUUCCACUUUCUAGUAAGAUUUUGUUUAGUUCACAUUAUAAAAUAUUAACAAUUAGUAAAAUUAAUUUUAAUAAGUAAAAA